CCGCGCCCCGCUCCCCGCGCGCACUUCCGCGCAUGGCGCUGCUGCCGCGGGCGCUGAGCGUGGCCGCGGCCCCGAGCCUGCGGCGAGCGGCGCGCGCGCUCACCUGCGCCAUGGCGAGUCCGCACGAGCCGCAGCCCCCGGCCGCCGCCGCCGCCGCUUCCUUCGACUACCUGGUGAUCGGCGGCGGCUCGGGCGGCCUGGCCAGCGCGCGGCGGGCGGCGGAGCUCGGCGCCAGGGCCGCCGUGGUGGAGAGUCACAAGCUGGGUGGCACUUGCGUGAAUGUUGGAUGUGUACCCAAAAAGGUCAUGUGGAACACGGCUGUCCACUCGGAAUUCAUGCAUGAUCAUGUGGAUUACGGCUUCCAGAGUUGUGAGAGUAAAUUCAAUUGGCAUGUCAUCAAGGAGAAGCGGGAUGCUUACGUGAGCCGCCUGAACACCAUCUAUCAAAACAAUUUAACCAAGUCCAACAUAGAGAUCAUCCGUGGCUAUGCAACAUUUGCAGAUGGCCCUCGGCCCACAGUGGAAGUCAAUGGGAAAAAGUACACCGCUCCUCACAUCCUGAUUGCCACAGGCGGUGUGCCCACAGUUCCUCAUGAGAGCCAGAUCCCAGGGGCCAGCCUGGGAAUAACCAGUGAUGGGUUUUUUCAGCUGGAAGACCUGCCUAGCCGCAGCGUCAUUGUGGGUGCUGGUUACAUUGCCGUGGAGAUAGCUGGCAUCCUAUCCGCUCUGGGCUCCCAGACAUCUCUUAUGAUAAGGCAUGAUAAGGUACUGAGAAGCUUUGACUCCCUCAUCAGUUCCAACUGUACUGAGGAGCUGGAGAAUGCUGGCGUGGAGGUGCUCAAGUUCUCACAGGUUAAGGAAGUAAAAAAGACAUCAUCCGGCUUGGAACUCUUUGUGGUUACUGCGGUUCCUGGCAGAAAACCCACCACCACCGUGAUUUCAGAUGUUGACUGCCUGCUCUGGGCCAUUGGGCGGGACCCGAACUCUAAGGGCCUGAAUCUGCAUAAAGUGGGGAUUCAAACUGAUGAGAAAGGCCACAUCAUCGUCGAUGAGUUCCAGAAUACCAGUGUCCGAGGCGUCUACGCUGUGGGCGACGUCUGUGGAAAAGCACUUCUCACCCCAGUUGCAAUAGCUGCAGGCCGGAAACUUGCCCAUAGACUCUUUGAACACAAAGAAAACUCCAAAUUAGACUACGACAACAUCCCUACCGUGGUCUUCAGCCACCCCCCUAUUGGGACAGUGGGCCUCACCGAGGAUGAAGCUGUUCAUAAGUAUGGAAAGGACAAUGUGAAAAUCUACUCAACUGCCUUCACCCCAAUGUAUCAUGCUGUGACCACAAGGAAGACAAGAUGUGUGAUGAAAAUGGUUUGUGCCAACAAAGAGGAAAAGGUGGUUGGAAUCCACAUGCAGGGCAUUGGCUGUGACGAGAUGCUGCAGGGCUUUGCUGUAGCAGUGAAAAUGGGGGCCACCAAGGCCGACUUCGACAACACGGUUGCCAUUCACCCUACCUCUUCAGAAGAGCUGGUCACACUCCGCUGAGCCCAGGGACUUGUACGGCUAGCGGUCGGACCAGGAGGCCUCUGAGAGGAACCACGCCGUCGAGUUUACUUCCUGCUCCAGCUUCGUAUUUUCUUCAUUUUAAUCAAGACCUCCUGACAGUGUAAAUUUUUAGCUCAAAAGAAAAAACCUUAUUUAUCUAAUCAACAAUUUGUUUUGUUAAUCUGGGGUUGGAUUUCAUUUGAUUAUAUUUACAGUAAUUAAUAUUUUGUCUUUUUCAAUUAACAUCCCCGUGUUAGCUGUAUUUUUCUUGCUUCAGCCUCAUUCCAGGUAUAAAUGUAUAUCAAAGUACACUGAAGUUAAUGCACCUGAUGAGUGAAUAUAGCUGGCUCUUUUUUUUUUGGACAGUGUCUCUCUAUGCAGCCUACCAUGGCCUCAGACUCAAAACCCUCCAGCUAUAGCGUCCUGAGUGCUGGAACUAUAGACUUGCAUGGCCACUCCUGGCCUAGCUUGUUAGUUUUAUAUGGUGGUUCGUCUCCAGUGUACAGAAUAUAUGUGUGUUUCUGAGUCUGGUAUUUUUGUUCUGUAUUGAGAGGCUGCCCUGAGGAUGUAACCUCUCUAUUUCCAUUUUAUUCUUUUCUCUGUCUUAAAUGAUUGGAAAUGGUUCCUGUUAUUUUCAUGAAGUGAAAAUUAACAUUAGUAGAGCAUUAACAUUAACAUUAGUAGAGCUGAGGCUGGUAGGGUAAGUGAGAAACCUCCUAGAGAUGAUUGCUUUCAGGAGGGGCGGGCUGGGCCUCCUCAGGAGUACUUUCUUUUGCGCAUUCACAGUUCAGUCAGUCAUUUCAGUAUUUCUGUUUCUGUCUUUUUUUUUUUUUUUAAUGAGAACUAUUCCAAAAAUCUGAAAUUCACUCCAUUGCCUUAUAAAUUUUAUUAUGAA